AUGAAGAAAAAAGGUCCUCCGACUCCUCCGAAAACCUAUCAGCGCGUGGAUAAGCCAAGACCAUCGGAAGAAGCGCAUCAGUGUUACGAUAGUGGUAUUUCCGUAGACGGUACACGUUCGAGUGAAAGUGAAGCAAAGAGUGUAAAAAUGCGUGCCCAGAGCGUACGAGAACUGACGGAAAAGUUUUCCAAAAUGGAUUUCAUUCCCAUGAGAGUUUCUUCGAAGCCCCCGGUAGCUCCACCGAAACCUCCGAAAAGUGAAACCAUACCGACUGAGAAUGGAUACGACUCUAUGUACAAUGAAGUAUUUGAUGACGGAAAUAUUUACGAUGCGGUUUCGAUUAGCAGCGACUACGAUGAGGGAUGUUACGAUCUUGUAUCAAACGACGAAUGCUCAAGCUGCGAUCAUCCCAAAAACGCCGUUGAAGAACUGCUUCAAAACGAACGCAAAUACGUAGACAGACUACAACACAACAUAACCAAACUGGUGCCGCUUAUGUACCAACACAACAUACCGAACGGCCUGAGAUUCCAAAAGAACAACAUCUUCGCUAAUAUAGAAUCCAUUCACGCCAUGCAUCGCGAUGUAUUUCUGCCGGCAAUGGAAAAUUGCGACAACGAUUCAGAAAAGAUAGCUCUCACAUUCAUCCAGUUGAUUGAAGACGAUACCUUGUACUGCUAUGUGCUGUAUGCCCUUAACAAGCACAAAUCUGAAAGGAUAUGCGAUUCAAAUAUGGAUUACUUAAAACACGUCUACUCCGACCUAACUCAGUUUCUGUUAGAACCUGUCCAGCGAUUACCAAGAUAUAGGUUACUUCUGAAGGAAAUGAGCAAGGAAGCAAACCGAACCGGAGCAAACAUGACAGCUCUGGACAAAGCCGAACGCUUGCUGUCCAGGUUAAUUGAACUGGCGAAUGCAGCGGUAAAUCUAAGUGACAUUCUACCCUGCCCGGAGGUACAGAUUCAGCCAGGACGCACACCAGAGCUUAACUAUCACAAUGAUUUGCCCUUGACGCUAAUUCUCCGUCCCGAAUUGUUCAAAAACGCUGUUCAAAGAGAUCCCAUAAAUUUGUUAUACCAAGGUAAGCUGCAGGAUUAUUACGAAUCGAAAAUCUACGACUACAAUGAGCGUCGAAGGUACCGGUCGAAAAUAUUCCUCUUCGAAAACCUUCUGCUGUACACCGAAAUUGUAAAAUCAAAGCUGGAGUAUAGGGGCCAUUAUUUGGAUUGCGAAGUUAAUUGUUGUAAAGAAGAACCACUCAAACUGCAAGUGUAUUCCAAACUGUAUACUCAAAAGAUUGCAGUGCAUUUUAAUACCUUUUCCGAGCUGAGAUCUCUAGAGGACUACAUAGAAAAAAUGCGCCGACGAUUCGUACGUUCACAAGCUGAAGAGUUACUCACUGAGAAGCAGAGAAGCGUUCAAGGCAAUGAAAGCCCAAAGAAUGAUGCACGACAAAUACCUGAAAUCGAGGAAGAUACUGGAUGGUUAACUAAUAAGCUACUGCGCGCAUUAGUUCUAAAUCAGCAACAGUUCUGCAAUAUACUGCAGGCAAACUACGAAUAUUAUCUAGCUGGUGGCAUACCAGAAUCUUUCAGUGCGAUUUACGAUCUACAUUACAGACGGGUUUUGCCUGAUUUGUCAAAUUCCGGAGAUCUAGGACCAAUGUGUGAUUUAUUUCUGUCCUACCUCGCGGAUAACGUAUUGGCACCAGUCUAUAAUGAAUACUUAAGAGAGUUUAAAACGGUUGCAGCCAGCAUCAAAAUGGAUUAUUUGCCAAUGACCUACAAAAACCAAGUAGCACCAAGGGUGAAGGAUUUUGUUGGCCUGUGCAUCGAUCAGCUGAAGGCGUACAGCCGUUUCUUCAACGAUAUAAGUACUCGAAUGGCCGAGGAUAGCAGCGCAAACCGUCCGAUCGAUAUGGAGCUCUUCCGAAAGGUGGCCUUCACUCAAAAGGAACUGAACCAGUUCGUACAUAACGUUGGGCAAAACUAUAAACUGUUCAACAUGGACCAACAGACCGUUGACUGCGGGUUGGUGCAGUACAGUGAAAUGGUUCAAUUGCAGGUGGAGAACGAAACACCGGAGCAUUGUCGCCUGUUUAUUAACGAACGAGCGGCAAUUUGUGUCAGUAUUCAUUUGAUUCGGAAAAAUGACAAAACCGUAGAGCAGUAUGGUCAAAUAGUGUUUAUCGAUAAGUUCUCCGGCCGUGGCAAACCCAUGCGCAUGCGGAGAAGCAAGAAGACUGAAACAAGAUUGAACUUUGUGAUCGAUAGCUUUAAGUACAGAAUAAUUUUCAACAACCGACAGGAUACCGAGAGAUUUAGCGAAAAAUAUAUUGAAAACUUUGUGAUUGUGAAAUAA